AUGUUGGCAGCCUUACUCCCAGCAGCCCUUUUGAAGUGGAUUAGUAUUGUUUGCGAUUUUUGUCAAGCGGUACUUGAAUCUUUCAAAGCUUUAGAACACCGUCUACGAAAGAACUCCGAAGCAUUUGAAGCAAUUGCCAUGUCUGCCAAUGCAGAGGAUCCCGGAAGUUAUUCCGGUACUUCCGACAGCGAAGAAUGCUUAAGCGACCUGAUCCUGAAUACACCUGUCCGGAGUGUCAUCGAUGACCGUGAAUUCUUCCCCGCGGGAUGUAUCGAAGUACUCAUGUCGAGAAAUUCUGUUACCAAGGAGCUGGCCCUUACCAGAGAAAGCUUGAGUGAUAGUUCAAAUGUGGAGCUUCUCGCAUAUAUACUGUCGUAUGGGAAACGAAUUUUUGCUAUCUUGCUCGACAUUGGCCUCACCGACAAUGAUUUGAUCAUGGCCGUGAAACAAUUUUCGGACAUCUCGUUUGAGGACGCAUCAUUGCCAGUUUCAACUAGGAACGUUGCAGCUUUGACUUUCUUUCGAGACAAUCCUUAUCAACCUCCAUGGAGCAAAAGACGAAUACGCGACUUCCGCUACAAAUCAGUUCGAUUCAACAACAAAAGAUCGGGAAUUGCUGUGAAGCAGCUCAAGGGGAUUCAUUCGACAGACGUGGCAACACUCCGAACACUGAAAGCGGAAUGGAAGAAGGAGGUCAAUGCUCAUAUCGACAUCAAUAAGUGUAACGGGGGUCUCCCACACCCAAAUAUUAUCGAGUUCGUUGUGACUAUCACGAGGGGAGGUGAUAGAUAUCUCUUGUUUCGAUGGGCCGACGGUGGCAACUUACACGAAUUUUGGCAGGCCGAUACAAACCCACACCUCAGUGUGACGCUCGUGCGAGACGUUGUCAAGCAGCUUCGUGGACUUGCUGAUGCCUUGGAAAAGCUACACGGGUAUGGUGGAGGUGAUGGAUCAUACCGCCAUGGUGACCUGAAACCAGAAAACAUACUCCGCGUCCGAACAAGAGCAGUUACAGAAGGCCUUGAUUCUGAUAUCGACGUGGGUAUUCUCAAGAUUGCUGAUAUGGGCUUGGCUAAGCACCACACUGUCCUGACGGAACUCAGACCUCCUACCAGUAUGAAAUAUUCAACAUAUAGGUAUGAGCCACCUGAGAUAGUUCUCGAAUCUUCGACCAAGUCGGGGGGUAGAUCUCGACGCCAAGAUAUUUGGUCAUUCGGCUGUAUCACCUUGGAAUUCAUAAUAUGGCUUCUCUAUGGAACCUGGUCUUUGAACGAGUUCAACAAGAUGUAUGUUAUUAACGAACUGGAUCAACAAUGCCCCUAUUUUGAAGUAGAAGGCAAAGGCGAGAAUAAGCGAGCCAAGGUGCAUCCUGCAGUUUCAGAGACCAUGGAUCUGCUCUCUAGAGACCAGGAAUGCAAAGUUGGACAAGACUCAGCUAUUAAAGACCUCCUACGUAUUGUCCGGACGAAAUUGUUAGUCGUGAGUUUAAAGACAGGCGCUGGGUCUCGUGCCACAGCUGGAGAGCUUCGCCAAGCACUUGACGAAAUCGUGAGAAAGGGGGAAGAAAACGAGCGCUAUUGGUAUACAGGGCAAUCCCGAAGCAGUAGCCUGCGAUUGCCUAGGCUGCGAUCUUCGGGACCAGAUUUCCUUAAUCCCGCGUCAGCUCUUGGACAACCUGCUCCUCGUCCCAAUAGACUUGCGACGACUCCAUCGGAAAAUAUCACAUUGAAUGUGCCCUUGAUGCCUUCAUUACCCUCAGUCACACAGGCUCGAAGAAACGAAUAUCGCAAUGCAGCAAAGAUAGAUGUUACGAACUUUCCGGUCGACAAUAAGUUCGCAAAUGAAGUUGUCAAGACUGUGGAAACAGAGAAGCUCUUUCCGAAGCACGGCCAGUUUUCAAAACGCUGCGAAGCAUGUCAAAAAAUGGAUUUUUUCCAGCCGCUCUUCAGCAUCAAAGACUCAUUUUCGGAUCUUGAGCUGAAGCUUGAGACUUGCGACUUUUGCAAGUUGCGUUGGGAGGUGUCCAAACAUCUCCGCGUAGGCAACGUUACGUCAGUAACCUUCACGAGGGACCAGUCUAUGUUGAAGUUAAAUGAAGGUCGAAUACCUGUCAUGUCCCUUUGUCGAAGUCCAGAAGCCCAAAGCCUGACUGCCAACUUCAUUCAAAUAGGAUUGCCAAAGCUGCCAGCAGCCGCAAGUAAGACCCAUUUUGGCAUCGCCCGGCAAUUUAUCCAAGACUGCAAUGCCAAUCACCCCAAAUGCGUGCCAUCCAAGCCAUCAACAAUGCCGACCAGACUCCUUUACCUCGGGAGCCGCGAAAAGCCCGCCCUUCGAAUAUACAAGACCAAAACGACAGACUCAUUUCAAUAUACUGCUCUAUCCCACCGUUGGGGACCAGGCCCAGAAUUUUUCUGCACAAAUCAGAAGAAUCUGAAGGAAUAUGAGGAGUCUAUUUCCUUCGACGAGCUCCCAAACACUUUCAAAAAUGCUGUAGAAACGACUCGGCAGCUCGGCGUACAAUAUCUCUGGAUCGAUUCGCUCUGCAUCAUACAGAAAAGCGAAGGUGACGAUGGUGACUUUGCUACGGAGGCGUUACGAAUGGAGGAUGUGUUCAGCUCUGCAUAUUGUAUACUCGCGGCCAGUAGUGCCUUGGGACCGCAGGAUGGCUUUCUGGUUCAACGGAAGGAAAACGAUUUUCUAACCUUUGAGAUGGGUGGACAGACGGUAUAUGUCUGUCGUUUCAUGGACGACUUCGAUAGUCACGUCCUUCACGGUCCACUGAGUGAGCGCGGAUGGGUGAUGCAAGAGAGGGCUUUGGCCCGCCGGACUAUCUUCUUCACAGAUCGAUAA